CAGGUAGACUAAGGCUGGGGCGAUGCCGGGAGAGAAGCCGCAACUGUCAGGGCACUGACAACAUAGCAACAGCAUGGAUUCCAAAUGUUGCAGUCAGUCUGCUCGAUGGUCCAAGUCAGCUGUUUAUACACUGCUCCUAGGAGGUACCUUUGUUACACUGGGUUCAAGUCGUAUUCUUUUGAUGAAAUACUCUGCCAAUGAAGAUAAUAAGUAUGAUUAUCUUCCUGCAACUGUGAAUGUGUGCUCAGAAUUAGUUAAGCUUGUACUUUGUUUGAUAAUGGCUCUCUGGGUAAUCAGAAGAGGAGGAUAUUCCCAUAGUGGAUUUGGCUGCAGCUCUUGGAGGCAAUUGUAUAGCUACAUAAAGUGGUCAAUUCCAGCUUUUCUUUAUUUUUUAGAUAAUUUGAUUGUCUUCUAUGUGUUGUCCUAUCUUGAACCAGCCAUAGCUGUUCUGUUCUCAAAUUUUGUUAUUAUAACAACAGCUCUUCUGUUCAGAAUAGUGCUGAAGCGACAGGUCUCCUGGGUGCAAUGGGCUUCUUUGCUGAUUCUGUUCCUAUCGAUUGUAGCUCUGACUGCAGGGACAGGAAGCAAUAAGCAUAGCUUGGCUGUGCAUGGAUUUCAUCAUGACAUUUUUCUCAGCCAUUCAAACAGUUGCCUGCAGUAUACCAAGUCAGAAGAAGAAUGUUGGGGGAAAGAGAACUGCACUCUUAGAUGGUCCUUUCCUGGCUUUAGCUGGAAUGUCACAACUACUGCAGGACCCAUGAAAACAGUUCGUCUUGGACUGGGACAUCUGCUCAUACUAGUACAAUGUUUUAUUUCAGCCUUAGCCAACAUCUACAAUGAAAAAAUACUGAAAGAAGGAGGCCAAUUCAGUGAAAACAUCUUUGUGCAGAAUACCAAACUGUACCUCUUUGGAGCUAUGUUCAAUGCACUGAUGCUAAGCCUGCGCCCUGAAAACAGGCGCCAGAUAGAGUAUUGUGGUUUUUUCUAUGGUCACAACGUAUUCUCGGUGGCCCUUAUUUUUGUCACUGCCUUCCUUGGGCUCUCCGUGGCCUUCAUUCUGAAGUUCCGAGACAACAUGUUUCAUGUUUUGACUGCACAAGUUACAACUGUGAUCAUCACCACAGUGUCAGUUUUUGUAUUUGACUUUAAGCCUUCCAUGGAGUUCUUCUUGGAAGCACCUGUAGUUCUUUUGUCUAUAUUUAUCUAUCACUCCAGCAGCCCUCGUUGUACCGAACACACUGUUCAGUGGGAGAGGGGCAAACAUAAUGGAGGUGCAUGGGAGCGCUCUAGUGGGGAUGGAGAAGAACUUGAGAGACUCACCAAACCAGGCAGUGAUCAUGAUUCAGAUGAGGAGGCCUUAUAGCAAAUGGUGGUCACAACUAAAAUUUGGGGGAGAUCGCCUGGACAUUCAUGCCAAGUAGAUAAUGGGAGGAGGGC